GGAUGACACCAAACGCACACACUCUACGUCACAAGCUCGCGCCACAGCGUGCGCCUGCCUUAAAUGCAGGUGGGCACAGUUUGGAGACAGCCACAUGUUCGCACCACCGCCGAGCCGGAGCAGAUUACCUGUGUAGCCGACACUGAGAGUCUGCUACCGGGGGCCGGCGGAGUCCACUGAGCGGUGCCAGGAUGCGGUGCCACAAGUUUUUGGGACCAUGUUCGGUUGGAAUUUAUAUUUGGACGGCCAUGCUUUUCAAAGGAUCCCUGCAGGGGGAACACCAGAGGAGGCUGUACAAAGAGCUGCUGGCUAACUACAACAGACUGGAGAGACCUGUGGUCAAUGACUCAGCAGCCAUCUUGGUGGAACUGGGCCUCACACUGCUGCAGAUCAUAGAUGUGGAUGAGAAGAACCAAGUGCUGAUGACCAAUGCUUGGCUGCAGCUGUACUGGACAGAUAUCUACCUGAGCUGGAAUCCAGAAAACUACCCCGGCGUCCAGAACCUGCGAUUCCCCUCAGACCAGAUCUGGACCCCUGACAUCCUCCUUUACAACAGUGCGGACGAGCGGUUCGACGCCACCUUUCACACAAACGUACUGGUGAAUGCAUCAGGUUACUGCCAGUAUAUCCCCCCUGGCAUCUUGAAGAGCACCUGCUACAUCGACGUGCGUUGGUUCCCCUUCGACGUUCAGAAGUGCGACUUAAAGUUUGGCUCCUGGACGCACAACGGCUGGCUGCUGGACCUCCAGAUGCUGGAUGUGGACACAUCCACCUACAUACCCAACGGGGAGUGGGACCUUGUGGGUGUGCCAGCUAAGCGUAAUGAGCUGUACUACGAGUGCUGUAAGGAGCCCUACCCUGAUGUGACGUUUACAGUCACCAUGCGCCGCAGGACUCUGUAUUAUGGGCUCAAUCUCCUUAUUCCCUGUGUACUGAUCUCUGGCUUAGCCCUGCUGGUCUUCCUGCUACCUGCAGACUCAGGGGAAAAGAUUUCUCUGGGCAUCACUGUGCUGCUUUCGCUAACCGUCUUCAUGCUUCUGGUGGCGGAGAUCAUGCCUGCCACAUCCGACUCUGUUCCUCUCAUUGCCCAGUACUUUGCCAGCACUAUGAUGAUAGUGGGAAUGUCUGUGGUGGUGACUGUUAUAGUCCUGCAGUUUCACCAUCAUGACCCUCAGGGAGGCAAGAUGCCCAAGUGGGUCCGGGUGGUUCUGUUGAACUGGUGUGCCUGGUUUCUCCGUAUGAAACAACCUGGAGAUGAUCGCAAGCGGCCUGGUUACAAGUACCGUCACUCCUCCCAGCACCACUCCAGCACCAGCUCCAUAGAGAUGGGCACAGUACCAAGUCUCAGUGUGCCCCUCUCACAGACAUCCUGCCCUCCAUGCCCCACAGGCACCUCCAAUGGUUCCAUGAGCCUCUACUUUAGCAGUUACCACCCCAUAGAGAGCCCACACUGCCCUCCUUCUAGCGACUCUGGGGUGGCGUUAGGCGGACGUGCCCACGGCUCCCCAAGUGAUGAGGCCGAGCCACCUGGAGGAGUCGGCAGCAGCGUUGGAGGCCUGGGGAUGGGAGUUGGAAUCCCCCCACCAGAGAUCCAGCGCAUCCUGGAGGAGGUGUCGUACAUAGCCCAGCGGUUCCGGGACCAGGAUGAGGCUGAGGCCAUAUGCAGCGAGUGGAAGUUUGCAGCGGCGGUGGUGGACCGGCUGUGCCUGGUGGCCUUCUCUCUCUUCUCCAUCAUUUGCACCUUCACCAUUCUCAUGUCAGCACCCAACUUCAUAGAGGCUGUUUCCAAGGACUUCACAUAGCUGGUUGCAGCAGCAGGAGAGAGGGAAGGAAGAAGGCGCAAAGUAAUUAGGGAUAAAGAAGCGAAGAGAGUAAGUGGAAGGGGAAAGGAAAGAGAGCAGCACUGUUUGCGGUGCCCAACCUACAGUCCAAUUGGAUAGGAGGUGGGCCAUGCAGUGUAAUAUAACCAGAAACUUAGUGCAAACAAAUUGAGCCUUGAAGUUCUACCAAGCUGCUAAAUCAUGUAGCCAAUCAGGAAACAAAACAUUUGUGAUUGAUGAGUAAGUAAUUAUAAAGACAUAUCAUUAUGUUUCAUUAGCAAGUUCCAAAUUAAGAAAAAAAAAAACAUAAAUUCUUUGUCCCACUCUGUCUUAAUGUCAGAGACAAAUUGUUCAUAUCUAGAAGAGGAAAAGAGGUUGGUAAUGCAGAUUAAACAGCAAAGGUACCUGGGGAGACUAGAGGCAAAUGUAUAGAUUUUCUUUUUUACAUUGCGCAAGUUAUCAGUUAGGAAAAGAUAAUAUGGUUGUCUUUACCCUGAAAACAGUGUAAAUAUAAUUGUUCGUGUCUGCACUAGUCAUUUAAAAACCAGCUUAAUUUACUGCACAGUGACACAUGCAGCACCACAGUCUUCCUCACUGCCUCUUCUCUCUCACCUCAACUGUUGUUGUCUUGUAUGUACAAAUCCACACAUACAAAUGUAUAAAUAUCACCUCAGUCUCAGUUCAUACACUGACUGAACUCUCAAUGAGGAGGUCAAAGACUUUUUCUGAUGAUGUACCAUCCCCUGUAAUGAUGUUAGGUUAGUAACUAAAAUGAGAUGUCUCACUGUGAAUUUUAUUGUUUUUGGUUUUACUUUGAUCAACAUAGCAUUGGACACAACUUUAUUGCUUUGACACUUAUGUAGAGUCAUUUCCUUUAUUUGUCACUAUAGGAAUGCUCAUUUAGCAUCACUUUUCACUUCGUUUUGCCUGUUUCAUUUAUCCAAUAGUCAACAGUUCUGGACGGUGUAAUAAUGAAACAUCCAGUGUAUUGUAUCAAAAAGCACAGUGUUGACUGUUAAGUACUGGUGUCAUCCAGUAACAAGUGAUGCACAGGUGUCUUUCUAAAGUUCAGUCAAAUACUGCGUGUUAAAUUGUACAGUACAUCAUUUAACCAAGUGGUCUGAUACUACACAUAUAAGUCAUGGAUGUGUCUAUAGGAAACAGGUCAAGUAGUUGCAAUAUUUUUGAAAAAAAUGUCUUAACUGGUGUAAAAAUACUCAUAUUCAUAUACCCUUAAAGGUGUUAUAUGUACGUUUUUGCUAUUGCCACAUAGCCAACUUUAGCAUUAGCAGCUGGUUACUUACAAAGAGCUUCACCCAUCGUUGUGUUUACAAAACAAGAGGUUAGAAUACACCCUCGGCACUACUCCUUCAUCCUCUCAUGUUGGGCUGAGUACAGACUGGACGUUAGAGUGACUCACUGUCACAAAGUCGUAAAGAGAGAGUAUGGGCUGCGGCUAGCUGGUUAGCAUGUUAAUUUCAGUAGAAGAAAAGAUGUGAUAGAAAUAGAAGCAAAAGAAGAGUUAACAUUGCCAUUGCUGGAGACACUGCUGGAGACAACUCUUGGCGAGUAAAGCCAAGUUUGAUGUUAAACUUGCAACAUUUCCUCUAGACUGGUAAGUUAACAGCUGUUAAUGCUAAGGUUGGCUAUAUAGAAAUAGCAAAAAUGUACAUAUAGCACCUUUAAAAGAUGAACAGGAAUUUGGGCUUGUCUUGGUCUUUACUGUAUAUAAGUGGUCGGUGAAGAUUGAGAGAAAUGUGGCUUUUAAAGCUCAAACACCCACAGACAAUGGUUAGAGGCUCAACAGCUAGAGGAAAACUUCUCAACUCCAUCUGCCACCAUAUCACUGGAGAAUAUACUGUAGAUUCAUAAAAGGCCCUUGUGUUUUGCCUGUGUUUUGUAGAGGGAGCCGAGUGACUGAUUCAUACAACAAAACUGUUAAUGUUAAGUUCCACCUCCACCUUGCAGCCAUUUCUUUGUUGUAGCUACAGUUAUUGGUCUCUUUUUCUCUUUAUCUGUCAUUCCAAGUGUCAGUUUUUGGCUCUAUGUUAAUAAAAAUCUAUUUAUUCUCUGUA